UUUGUCCCAAUGAUGCUGCGCAAUGUUUGAAUUGUGUGACAAGUAACUAACAUUUAUAACUGUAUAAACUCAAAAUCCUUUAAUCUAUACUAAGUAAUAAAUUAAAAACAAUUUCGUAAGUGAUACAGAAUUUAAUUGUAUCAUGGCAGAUGAGACAGAGCAGGUAAAAACUCUUGUACCAGCAAUAAACGUUAAAGAACCUUUAGAUCUGAUAAGAUUGAGCCUCGAUGAGAGAAUAUACGUAAAAAUGAGAAAUGAGAGGGAAUUACGAGGACGAUUACAUGCAUACGAUCAACACUUAAAUAUGGUAUUAGGUGAAGCAGAAGAAACUGUUACUACAGUGGAAAUUGACGAAGAAACAUAUGAAGAAGUUUACCGUACAACCAAAAGAAAUAUUUCUAUGCUUUUUGUACGUGGGGAUGGAGUAAUUUUGGUGUCUCCUCCUAGCAUGAGAGCACCAAUAUAAAAUUCUCACAUAUAUGUAACCUAUCUAAAAAA